AGAUGCAAAGUGCCUGGGACAGAAGUGGGGCUCCGCUGGCGCCCAGCUCCAAAACCCAGGCAGCGUGGAAAAGACUAGACAGGGAAGGGGUUAGCCCUCAGAAUUACACGCGGGUUUGCCUUACCAGACUACCACCACUGGCACAACCUCAGACCCACACCCAACCGACUUUUCCUCCCAGGCCUGAUUAAUCUCGCCCGGAAGUACCGCCCACCCAUGCUCGCUUCCGCUAUCCCGUACUUCUGCUCAUCUCGCGAGAACUGAAAGCGCCUAUGUGACCUGCGCUAAGCGGAAGUUGGCCCUCUUUUCCGUGGCGCCUCGGAGGCGUUCAGCUGCUUCAAGAUGAAGCUGAACAUCUCCUUCCCAGCCACUGGCUGCCAAAAACUCAUUGAAGUGGACGAUGAACGCAAACUUCGUACUUUUUAUGAGAAGCGUAUGGCCACAGAAGUUGCUGCUGACGCUCUGGGUGAAGAAUGGAAGGGUUAUGUGGUCCGAAUCAGUGGUGGGAACGACAAACAAGGUUUCCCCAUGAAGCAGGGUGUCUUGACCCAUGGCCGUGUCCGCCUGCUACUGAGUAAGGGGCAUUCCUGUUACAGACCAAGGAGAACUGGAGAAAGAAAGAGAAAAUCAGUUCGUGGUUGCAUUGUGGAUGCAAAUCUGAGCGUUCUCAACUUGGUUAUUGUAAAAAAAGGAGAGAAGGAUAUUCCUGGACUGACUGAUACUACAGUGCCUCGCCGCCUGGGCCCCAAAAGAGCUAGCAGAAUCCGCAAACUUUUCAAUCUCUCUAAAGAAGAUGAUGUCCGCCAGUAUGUUGUAAGAAAGCCCUUAAAUAAAGAAGGUAAGAAACCUAGGACCAAAGCACCCAAGAUUCAGCGUCUUGUUACUCCACGUGUCCUGCAGCACAAACGGCGGCGUAUUGCUCUGAAGAAGCAGCGUACCAAGAAAAAUAAAGAAGAGGCUGCAGAAUAUGCUAAACUUUUGGCCAAGAGAAUGAAGGAGGCUAAGGAGAAGCGCCAGGAACAAAUUGCGAAGAGACGCAGACUUUCCUCUCUGCGAGCUUCUACUUCUAAGUCUGAAUCCAGUCAGAAAUAAGAUUUUUUGAGUAACAAAUAAAUAAGAUCAGACUCGGA